AAUGUGUUCUUGAUUGCAGGUUUCCAGUCGUGCAACCCGAACCCAUGCCAAAAUAGCGGCGAAUGCGAAUUCGCUCCCAAAGGACAAUCGAAAUGCUCAUGUCUACCCUCCUUUGCCGGAGAAUACUGCCAGCAUCAGAACCCGUGCACCGCGCAAGGCAAUCCGUGCCGUCACGGGGCAUCAUGCGAGCCCCACGUCUCCGUGAACGGCAUCGACUACACUUGUCAUUGCCCCAUCGGAUACAGCGGUUCGCUGUGCGAGCAUCGGCAGCCCUCGAUUUGUGACCACAACCCCUGCGAGAACGGGGCGGAAUGUCAACUCUUAUCCCUCAACGACUACGUCUGCAAGUGCGCUCCGGGUUUCCGCGGCUCACACUGCGAGAAACGUGACAACUGCGCGAACUCUCCGUGCAAGCACAGCGUGUCGUGCAUUUCGACGGACUCGGGCUUCGAGUGCAUCUGCAACGAAGGCUACGAAGGCGUCAAAUGCGAAUACGACAUCGACGAGUGCGAACGGAAUCCGUGCGUGCACGGCGGCCGCUGCACCAACCACAUGGGCGGCUACACGUGCCAGUGCAAGCCCGGCUACACCGGAAAGAACUGCGAGAAGGAGUUCGUACCGUGCAAACCGAGCUCGUGCCUGCACGACGGCAUCUGCGCCCCGGUCGGCAAGCACGAUUACAACUGUACGUGCCCGAAGGGUUUCAAGGGCAAAGACUGCGAGAUAAACAUCGACGACUGUAUCGGGAGCCUCUGCGCUAACGGGUCAACGUGCAUCGACGGAAUCAACGGUUACACGUGCGCUUGUCCACCGACGAUGACCGGCGACUACUGUACGAUCGAUAUCGACGAGUGCGCCGCCAAUCCCGGCAUCUGCAAGAACGGUGCCACCUGCACGAACACCCUCAACGGUUUCACGUGCGCCUGCGUCAACGGAUGGACGGGAGCGGACUGCUCGGAGAACAUCGACGAUUGCGCUGGAGCGAACUGCCAUAAUGGGGCGACUUGCGUCGAUCGCGUGGGCCGUUACGAUUGUAAAUGCCCACCGGGGAAAAUCGGUCUCUUAUGCCAUAUCGACGACGCCUGUCUUUCGAACCCCUGCCACGCAGGAGCCAUCUGCGAUACGAGCCCAGUCGACGGCAGAUACACUUGCUCGUGCAAGGACGGCUGGACGGGUCUCGAUUGCUCCGAAGAUCUGAACGAGUGCUCCGGGAACGUCAACCCGUGCGAGCACGGUGGACUCUGCGUCAACACGCCUGGGUACUUCGCGUGCAACUGCACGCUGGGAUUCACCGGUCCUCGAUGCGAGGUCAACAUCAACGAAUGCGAACCGAACCCCUGCAGGAACGACGGGACGUGUCUGGAUGAGACAGGAGCGUAUCGUUGCAUCUGCAUGCCUGGUUUCCAUGGAAUUCACUGCGAGAACGACAUCGAUGAGUGCGCCUCGAACCCAUGCGGCCAAGGCUAUUGCCUGGAUCAGGUCAACGGAUACCGAUGCACGUGUCCCAUAGGCUUCACAGGAGCCAACUGUGAGAUCAACGUCGACGACUGCGUGGACAACCCUUGCCAGAACGGCGGUCAUUGCUACGAUCUCGUGGGAGGCUUCGUUUGCAACUGCAAAAACGGUUUCAGUGGAAAAUAUUGCGAGGUCAAUAUCGACGACUGCCGAAGCAACCCCUGUCUGAACGGAACCUGUGUCGAUGGCGUGGGAACUUUCCACUGCAACUGCAAACCGGGCUAUACGGGGACUCUGUGCCAAACACAAAUCAACGAGUGUCUUAUCGAGCCCUGCAAGCACGGCGGGAUAUGCACGGACUUCGAGAGUGGGUACAAAUGUCACUGCAAAGAAGGAACGACGGGCAAAAAUUGUGAGCACAACAUCAACGAAUGCUUGUCCAACCCCUGUCGACACGGGGCCACCUGCAUCGACGGCAUAAACGAGUACACCUGCAAAUGCAAGCCUGGAUACACCGGAGUGAACUGCGAAAUCGACAUAAACGAGUGCUCGCCAAACCCAUGCGAGAACAACGCUCGCUGCGUCGACCUCGUCAACAACUUCCAGUGCAUUUGCCCCAGGGGCUACUACGGAACGAGAUGCAACUCCGACGUCGACGAGUGCGCUUCCAGUCCAUGUCAUAACGGUGGAACGUGCGAAGACGACCUCAACAAAUACAAAUGUCACUGCCCGGCCGGAUUCACGGGCCAUCGCUGUGAGAGCGAGAUCGACGAAUGCAAAUCGAACCCUUGCCAGCACGGAGGCGUCUGUCAGGACAAAUUGGCUAAUUAUACCUGCACGUGUGCUCGCGGUUUCACCGGAGCUAACUGCGAGAUUAACAUCGACGAUUGCGCCAGUGCUCCAUGCAACAAUGGCGGAUCUUGUAUUGAUCUCGUCGACGGCUACCAAUGUGUCUGCGACGUUCCCUUCUCCGGACCCACCUGCGACGUUCGUCUUGAUCCGUGCGGUGCCAAGAGGUGCAAGAACGGCGCCAUCUGCUCGCCCAGCUCCAACUACAUGGAUUUCUCGUGCAGCUGCAAACUUGGCUUCACGGGACGUCUCUGCGACCAGGACAUAAACGAGUGCGCCGUGAGCAAUCCCUGCCGCAACGGCGCCACCUGCCACAACACCUUCGGUUCGUACACCUGCAACUGCACCAAGGGCUACGAGGGCAAGGACUGUCUGAUCAACACGGACGACUGCGCCAGCUUCCCGUGCAAGAACGGCGGCACCUGCCUCGACGAGGUCGGCGACUACCAGUGUUUGUGCGUCGACGGUUUCGGUGGGAAGCACUGCGAGAUCGACACCGACGAAUGCUCCAGCAAACCUUGCCAGAACGGAGCCACCUGCAACGACUACGUCAAUUCUUACACCUGCACUUGCCCGUUGGGUUUCUCAGGCGCCACCUGCGAGACCAACGACGACGACUGCACAGGAAGUUCCUGCAUGAAUGGAGGCACCUGCGUUGACGGCAUCAACUCAUACUUAUGCAGAUGCCCGGCAGGCUACACUGGCACCAAUUGCCAGUUUCGCAUCAACGAGUGUGACUCUGGACCAUGCAGAAACGGAGGCACCUGCAUCGACGACAACGGAUUCUAUGACUGCAAAUGUCUCCCUGGUUACACCGGCAGAAACUGCGAAAAGUAUGUCGACUGGUGUGAGCAGAGCCCAUGCGAGAAUGGAUCCACAUGCAAACAACUCAACAACACCUACACCUGCACCUGCCUGCCCGGCUGGGCGGGCAAAAACUGCGACGUACAGAUGGUGUCGUGCGCCGUUGCUGCCACCCGCAAAAAGGUGAAAAUCAACGAUCUCUGCCAACAUGGCGGCGUGUGCGAGGACUAUCACAACAGCCAUCGGUGCAUCUGCCCGAAAGGAUACGGAGGGAGCUAUUGCCAGGAGAACAUCGACGAAUGCGCUCCCCAGCCGUGCCAGAACGGCGGACUCUGUCACGAUCUGCUCGGUAGCUACCGCUGCGAGUGUCCCGCGGGUUUCCAAGGUCAGAACUGCGAAUACAACAUCGACGACUGCCAUCCGAAGCCUUGUCAGAACGGGGGCACCUGCUUCGAUCUGGUCAACGCGUACAGAUGUAUCUGUCCUCCCGGGACGAACGGCAUCCUCUGCGAGUUCAAUCUCAACGACUGUACCGAGUCGUCUUGCCAUCACGGCGGCACAUGCGUCGACAAGAUCAACGGUUUCGAAUGCGAAUGUCCGCCUGGAUACGUCGGCUCCCGCUGCGAAGGCGACAUUAACGAAUGCCUGUCGAACCCGUGCAGCGCGGUCGGAACCCAGGACUGCGUGCAGUUGGUCAACGACUACCGUUGCGACUGUAAACCCGGUUUCGCCGGGCGGCAUUGCGACGCGAAAGUCGAGUUCUGCCCACCGAGCACCUGCCUGAACGGAGGCUUCUGCAUUCCGACCGAGCACGGCCACAACUGCAUGUGUCCCGAAGGCUUCAGUGGGGACCGAUGCCAAUUCAACAACUCGACCUCGUGCUAUCCUGGAUUGUGCAAGAACAACGGUCGUUGCAAUCCGACGGCGGACGGCUACGAGUGCGUUUGCCCCCAAGGAAUCCGAGGGAAGCAUUGCGAUUACGACGCGUACAACGAGUGCCUCUCGGCUCCCUGCAGGAACAACGGUCUCUGCGUCGACAAACUCGGCACCUAUGAAUGUUUCUGCCCGAGGAAAUUCAAAGGUCGCCAGUGUGAGAUCUACGACGUCAAUCAUCCCGGGAGCUCAGGCCAACCAUUCAACGAAUUCGAUACGCUGGGAAGCUCGGCGGCCGAACUUGAGGAAAUUCGCGCUUGCGUCUACAACAACUGUCCCAAGAAAGCAAAAGACGGAGUCUGCAACACGGAAUGCAACAUGCCGGCCUGCGGUUUCGACGGCGGAGAUUGCUCGCUGGGUUUGAAACCCUGGGAGAACUGCACCGCUCCGAUCAAAUGCUGGGAGGUGUUCGGAGACAACAUCUGCAACGAGGACUGUAACACCGUCGAAUGCCUCUUCGACGGCUUCGAUUGUAUGCGGAAACAGAAACAGUGUCGACCCGACUACGAUCAGUAUUGUUUGCUAAAUUACGGCAACGGUUACUGCGACAUCGGUUGCAAUACCAAAGAGUGCAACUGGGACGGAUUGGAUUGCGAAGAAGGGGAUCCGUUUAUCGCCGACGGCGAGAUCAUCAUGACGCUGAGGGAAUCUCCCGAAGACUUUGUGAACCGGAGCGCGUAUUUCGUGCGAUCUCUGAGUAAGAAGCUCCAAACGAAUCUCCGCAUCAAGAAGGAUAAUCACAACCAGGACAUGAUCUAUCCUUGGGUGGUGAACAACGACGACUCAUCCGACACACCCAGGAUCGGUCGGAUCGAAAUAGGAACCACCGUCCAUCUCGAGAUCGACAACCGGCAGUGCGUGAAGGCCAACAACGGCGAAUGCUUCCUGACGGCCUCGAAAGCGGCCGAGUUCAUAUCCGCAGCCCAUUCGAAACAAGCUCUCGACAUCAAUGGUUUCACGAUCGAAAGUCUUCGAACCUCCGAUAUCCAAGCCGGCGACUCAAACACCGGCUCGAGUUUCGCUCUUACGCUCACCGGACUGAUCGGAGUCGCUCUUCUCGGUACCCUCAUGGGCGUAAUGGUGGCGGGUCAAAGGAAACGCGCUCGAGGCAUCACCUGGUUCCCUGAGGGCUUCUUCCCAAUGCGGUCCGGAACCGGCCCACCGAGACGUCGUCCUGACGGGCAGGAGAUGCACAGUAUCUCUAAACUGUCCGCUCAACGAUUGGAUGCCAACGAUAAUCACGGAAUGUCGGAAUGGUCGGAUGACGAGCUUCAGAACCCUCCAUCGAAACGCAUGAGACCCCAUUCCAGUACACCCGAAUCAUCGUACGGCGACACCCACACCGUGAUGUCCUCGGCUGAUUACGACGAUACCGAUCCCCGUACGUGGACUCAGCGGCAUCUGAACGCCGCCGACGUUCGUAAUCCGGACAUCGUAGCCAUGACUCCGCCUCAGAACAAUUACGACUACGAGACGCACAUCGAUGUGGACGUUCGGGGUCCCGGAGGGCUCACGCCUCUCAUGUGCGCCGCUAUCCGCGGGAACGGACUGGAUCAAGCUAAAGAGGACCUGGAGGACGGGUCCGCCAACGUUAUCCAGGAUCUCCUCAACCAAGGAGCCAAACUGACAAACAGGACCGAAAAGACUGAAGAGACUCCACUCCAUCUCGCCGCACGUUACGCACGCUCGGAUAUCGCGAAGCGAUUCCUGGACAACAGCGCUAAUCCCAACGUUCAAGAUGCGACCGGAAGAACACCGUUGCACGCAGCUGUCGCCGCGGAUGCCGUCGGAGUUUUCCAAAUUCUGCUCCGAAAUCGCGCCACCGACCUCAACGCGAAAAUGUUCGACGGGACCACCCCGCUCAUCUUGGCCGUACGCAUGGCCGUCGAAGGAAUGGUUGAGGACCUGCUGAACGCCGAGGUCGACGUAAACUUGGCCGACGACCACGGAAAGACCGCUCUGCACUGGGCCGCAGCAAUCAAUCAGGACAACGCGGUGAAGAUCCUGCUCAACCACGGAGCGAACCGCGAUGCCCAGGACCACAAGGAAGAAACGCCGUUGUUCCUCGCAGCUCGUGAGGGCGCUCGGGACGCGGCCAAGGUCUUGCUGGAAUUCGGAGCCAACAGAGACAUCACCGAUCACAUGGAUCGGCUGCCGCGAGACAUAGCGGCGGAGCGGAAACACCUCGACAUGGUGAAGCUACUGGACGAAUUCGUUCCUUCGAACCACAAUCUUCCGCAAAUGGCGAUCACCCAGCCAGUGCUCAUCAGUAAUCCGAGGAACGCGAUCUCUUCGGCGACUUCUGCACAAGGUCCCGCCAAUAAACCUCUGAAGAAGGCUGUGCGACGGAACCAGAACGCUCUGCAGAAUAAAGAGCCCGCGUCACCGUCGGCAGAAAGUGCCGCAGCAUCGAAUAAGCGCCGAUCGCAGAGCAUGAAAAAGAAACGGGAACCCCCAUCCCCCGUCGUGCUCGGUAACCUCGAGAGCGCUCCGAUCCUGAGUCCGAGCUCCGUGGGGUCCCCUCGUUCGGCGACCCUUUCGCCAUCGUCGAGUCUUUUCCACGCUCACUCAUUGGCCGUCAGUCAGCCCAACUUGACGGGACUCAACGAUACCAAACAGCCCCCUCGCUACGAGGAUUGCGUCAAAGGUGCGUCCGGCAUCUACGACAUGACGGCCAGCAUGUACGGCGGACCGAGCGGCCUGCUCGAUUCUACGAACAUCUACACUGCGCCGAUGCAGCCUCCUCUUCAACCUCAACCGGCCGUGCAUUCUCGACAGCAGAGCCUGCCAGCGGCAGCGGCGACGGGGUUCUCCGCGCCUCCGCCGGUUCCUUCGCCGACGAAGCACCGGCCCGCCCUGCCGACGAGCCCGACCCACAUGUUGGCAAUGCGGCAGCAACACGCUCAAAAUAAACCCAAGAUUAGCAGCGGCUCGGCGUACGAGUUCCCAAUGAAGUCUGAACCCACAAGCAUUUACUCGGGAAGUUCCAGCCAAUACCAAAUUCCGCCAACGACGACGACACCGCCGGCUUAUCAUUUCCCUACGCCCCCUAGCGUCUCUCAAGUCUCGCAGUACUCAGAUCAUCCAACACCUCAGCACUUCUCAACGCACGAUCCGAGUUAUCUCACUCCGUCACCGGAAUCACCUGGACAAUGGUCGUCAUCGAGUCCGCAAUCGGCUCAGAGCGACUGGUCCGACGCCAUCCACAGUCCUUCGCACCCACCGCUGGAGAUGAAGGUUUUCGCGAACAUGCCGGCGAUCAUUCAACAAGGUCAACAGCAGCAGCAGCAGCAACAACAGCAGGCGACUCAGCAAGUACAACAGCCGCCGCAAAAAACGCAUCCAGAUGCCGUCUUCAUAUGA